AGCAUUGCCGAAACUAUAACAAAACAAACACACUUGAAAACUUUAUAAUAACAAAAAUUAGGGUUUAUCAAAACCCUAACACUUCACCGACAUUUAAUUUUGCAGUAAAAUUAGAUAUUAUUGUUUAAUUUGAAGCUGUUUAAUUAAUUGUGGAGAUUAAUAAUGGGGAGUAAGAAAAGAAGCUCAGAAAGUGUUGAAAUUGAGGAUAAUGAUGAUGGUGAAAAAUUAAGUCAGAAUUUGAAGAAGAAAACUAAAAAAGUGAAGAAAAAUGAAGAGGAAAUAAUAGAAAAUAUUAAAAAUAAAAAUGAUAGUGAUAAUGGUGAUAAUCCAAUGGAAAGGAAGAAAAAAAGGAAAGCAUUGGAUAAAGAAAAGAAACAAAAACUUGCGGUUUUGGAUGGGAACGGUGAAGCGAAGCCGAAAUCGGCGAGGUUAGUGCCUGAGUUUAAUAUAGGUGUGUUUAAGGAUUUAGGGGCUGCGGAUGCGUCGGUUAGAGAGGCGGCAGCCGAGAGGUUGGUAACGGAGUUGAAGGCGGUUCAGGAAGCGUAUGAUUUGAUGGAUAAGGAGGAGGUGGAGGAGGAAGUGAAGUUGGAAGCUGAGAAAGAUGAUGGGUUGAAUAAUUGUGCACCGUCGGUGAGGUAUUCUGUUAGACGGCUUAUUCGUGGUGUUUCAUCGUCGAGAGAGUGUGCAAGACAAGGAUUUGCGUUGGGUUUGACUAUGUUAGUUGGUGCCGUUCCGAGUAUUGCAUUGGACUCGCUGAUGAAACUAAUAGUUGAUUUAUUGGAUGUUUUUUCUUCUAUGAAGGGUCAGGAUAUUAAGGAUUGUCUUUUAGGGCGUUUGUUUUCGUAUGGUGCUCUGGUGAGAUCAGGGAGACUAAAUCAAGAAAGUCUUACUGAUAAGAAUCCCGAGCAAAUCAAGGACUUUACUAGCUCUGUUAUAGCGUUAGCCAGCAAGAAGCGAUAUCUUCAGGAGCCGGCUGUCGUGAUUAUUUUGCAACUGAUUGAGAAGUUACCAGUUGAAGUCGUCGUGAAGCAAGUUAUUGAAGCUCCCGGCCUCCAUGAAUGGUUUGAAGGAGCCAUUGAAGCUGGAAAUCCCGAUGCGUUACUUUUAGCUCUUAAGCUACGAGAAAAAGUAGCAUCUGAUAGCAGAUUGUACGGAAACAUCUUACCCAAUCCGUACAGUUCUAGCACGCUAUUUUCUGCUGACCAUCUAUCUACUCUUGCAAAUUGUUUCAAGGAGUCCACAUUUUGUCAGCCUCGAGUCCAUGGUCUAUGGCCAGUUUUGGUGAAUAUCCUUUUACCGGAUAUUGUACCAGAACAUACCGAAUCAGGGUUAAUCUCUGUUAAAAAGCACAAAAAGAAUCGGAAAUCUAGCUCUUUUGAUGAUGAUAUCCAGAAAAACCUGAAAAAUUUCUGGGAUAUUAUUAUAGAGGGAUCCCUUCUUUUGUCAUCUCAUGAUCGGAAGCACUUGGUAUUUGAUAUUAUUCUACUAGUUCUACCAAGACUUCCCGUAUCUUGCAUUGGUAUUGUUUUUUCUUUCAAGAUCAUUCAGUGUCUAGUGGAUAUACUUUCCACAAAGGAUUCUUGGCUGUAUAAAUGUGCAGACCAUUUUCUUAAAGAAUUGGCAAGUUGGAUCAGUGCUGAUGACAGUAGACGGGUGGCGGUUACUAUGGCCCUGCAGAAACACAGCAACGGCAAGUUUGAUUCCAUUACACGGACUAAAACUGUUAAAGAUCUGAUGUCAGGAUUUACCACAGAACCGGGCUGCAUGCUUUUUAUUCACAAUCUUAUGGAUAUGUUUCUUGAUGUGACACCUGCCUCAGAGGAGCCUUCUGACCAAAGUCAAACCACUGAUGAUAAUUCAGAAAUAGGAUCAAUUGAAGAAAAAGGUUUUGUUGAAACACUCGGGACUUCUGACUUUUUGAAAAGUUGGGUGGUGGACUCUAUGCCGAGUGUUUUGAAACACUCAAAGCUCGAUAAUGAAGAAAAGUUCCGUGUCCAAAAAGAAAUAUUGAAGUUUUUAGCUGUUCAGGGUUUAUUCUCUUCGUCUCUUGGGACUGAAGUGACUUCUUUUGAAUUACAAGAGAAGUUUAGAUGGCCAAAAGCUGCCACUUCAAGUUCUCUUUGCAGGGUGUGCAUUGAACAGCUACAAGCAUUGUUGGCAAAUGCCCAAAAAGGAGAGGGGCCUCAUGCGGUGACAAGUGGGCUUGAAGCAAAUGAUCUUGGUUCUUAUUUUAUGCGAUUUCUUAGUAUUUUACGCAACAUUCCUUCAGUAUCGCUCUUUAGGUCAUUGAGUGAUGAAGAUGAAAUGGCAUUCAAGAACUUGCAAGCAAUGGAAGCUCAGCUCUCCAAAGAGGAAAGAAAUUGUGGGAUGAGUGCGAAUGCUAACAGAUUGCAUGCUUUGAGAUACUUGCUCAUCCAAUUGCUGCUUCAACUUCUACUCAGACCAGGGGAAUUCUCUGAAGCUGCAUCUGAAAUGAUAAUAUGCUGCAAGAAGUUUUUCCCAUCACCUGAUCUCCUUGAUUCAGAUGAUGAACCCGCUGCUGAUGAAACACCUAAAUUGAUGGAUGUGUUUGUGGACACACUGCUCUCAUUGCUCCCACAAUCAUCGGCUCCAAUGCGCUCUGCCAUUGAGCAGGUAUUCAAAUACUACAGUGAUGAUGUGACAGAUGAUGGUCUCCAUAGGAUGUUGAAGGUUAUAAAGAAAGAUUUGAAACCAGCAAGACAUCAAGAGUCAGAUAGCGACGAUGAUGAUGACAGUGAUGAUGAUGAUCUUGUAAAUAUCGAAGAAGCGGAGGAUUCUGAUGAAGCGGAAACGGUUGAUAAUACUGGUGCUGAUGAUCUUCUAGAACAGUCAGAAGACUCUGAGGGAGGAAAUGUGGGAAAAGAACCUCGUGAAGAAGAUUCAGAUGAUUCUGAUGGUGGAAUGGAUGAUGAAGCUAUGUUCAGGAUGGAUUCUUAUCUUGCACAGAUAUUUAAAGAAAAACGGAACCAAGCUGGUGGGGAAACUGCUGAUUCUCAGCUUGUUCUUUUUAAACUGCGGGUUCUUUCAUUGCUUGAAAUUUAUCUUCACGAGAAUCAAGGUAAGCCACUAGUGUUGAAAGUAUUCUCGAAUCUUGCACAAGCGUUUGUGAACCCGCAUACUGCAGAAGGUAGUGAGCAGCUUGGUGACCGAAUUUGCAAAAUCAUAGAACAAAAGAUAUUUAAAGCAAAACAAUACCCGAAAGGUGAGUCUGUGCAAUUAUCAAUUCUUGAGCCUCUUUUGGAAAAGAACUUGAAGUGGGCAGCAAAAUCGUUCAAGAAAAAGAAAUCUGCAAUCACCCCUUCAAAGAAGAAACAGUCCGCAUCUAUUCAACGAUAUAGAAAGAUGAUUAAUCUUGCUCAAAACUCAACUUAUUGGAUUCUGAAGAUGAUUGACUGUAGAAGUUUUUCAGAAGCUGAGUUGGAAAGGGUGUUUGAUAUCUUUAAAAGUGCCCUGGUGGGUUAUUUUGAUAGUAAAAACUCUCAAUUGAAACCACAAUUCUUGAAAGAAAUAUUUAGGAGGUGGCCAUGGAUUGGUCAACAUUUCUUUGGGUUUCUUGUGGAGAAAUGUAGUAAUGCGAAGUCUAAGUUCAGGCAAGUUGAAGCACUUGAUUUAGUCUUGGAAACGUUGAAGCCAUUUGUUUCUGUCAACACGGAUGGAACUAAUGCAGGAAAGGAGAUGGUAAGUAGUCAUCUUCCUGAACUGUGUGUUUUGAUCAAAGAGCUAGUGACGAAUGUUCCUGACAAACAAGCUAGAAGGGCCGAAAUGCGCAAGUUUUGUGGUAAAAUAUUUAAUAUUCUAAGCACCUAUAAACUGUCCACUCUGUUUCUUGAAUCUUUGGAAAAAGAUGUUCAAACAGCAUGUGAAACUCAACUUGGUAAAGCUUUUCUUGAUUUGAAGAAGCAAGAAGAUUAAGGUGGCCUUUUUUGGGUUUUUCUUAUCUAGUUGGUGUAGAAAACUUUUGGAAGUGUUCCCUUGAAGAUGCAGCAAACUAUGAAACUACAGCUUCAGAAAAUUUUGCAGGGACACUUUGUUGAAGUGGCAUAUGGCGUGGAUCUUGGGAGUUUUUCCUGUAUUUUAUUCACAAGAAAUGUGUUCUUGGAAUCAUAUAGAAUGAAUGUUUGAACUCGCUUUUUUAUGUUUAUUACCAUAUUCGGUCAAUUUUUGUAUGACUUUUGACAUUGUUUCGAUGUAUGCUAAUGAUCCUUGUAUUAAACAGUAAGUCAGUUAUUCAUUUUAUAAAGAGAGGUUUCUAAGGUUAAA